AUGUGGGAGGAAGCUAUCACCCUCGGCAAAGAGCUGGCUGAGCAAUAUGAGAAUGAGAUGUUUGACUAUGAACAGCUGAGUGAACUGCUGAAAAAGCAAGCACAGUUCUUUGAAAACAUUGUGAAAGUCAUUCGACCAAAGCCUGAUUACUUUGCAGUUGGAUAUUAUGGACAAGGAUUUCCAACAUUUCUUAGGAACAAAGUGUUCAUCUACAGAGGGAAAGAGUACGAGCGACGGGAAGACUUUGAGGCUCGGCUGCUAACCCAGUUUCCCAAUGCGGAAAAGAUGAAGACGACUUCUCCACCAGGAGAUGACAUCAAGAACUCUACUGGACAGUAUAUUCAGUGUUUCACGGUAAAACCACUGCUUGAAUUGCCCCCGAAGUUUAAGAAUAAGCACGUCUCUGAGCAGAUACUAAGUUUCUACAGGGUGAAUGAGGUUGUUCGAUUCCAGUACUCCAGACCUAUAAGGAAAGGAGAGAAAAAGAUCCUGACAAUGAAUUUUCUAAUAUGUGGAUCGAGAGAACAACUUUUUCAAUAGCUUACAAGCUUCCAGGCAUCCUGAGAUGGUUUGAAGUGAAGGCUAUGAGUAUGAAAGAGAUAAGUCCACUGGAAAACGCAAUUGAGACGAUGCAACUCACGAAUGAGAAGAUUAAUAAUAUGGUGCAGCAGCACAUGAAUGACCCCAAUUUACCCAUAAAUCCUCUAUCCUUACUCCUGAAUGGUAUUGUGGACCCAGCAGUAAUGGGGGGAUUUGCAAAUUAUGAGAAGGCCUUCUUCACUGAGAAAUACAUGCAGGAACACCCAGAGGACCUUGAAAAUAUUGAAAAAUUGAAGGACCUGAUUGCAUGGCAGGUGCCGUUCCUGGCUGAGGGAAUACGCAUUCAUGGAGAAAAGGUCACUGAAGCUUUACGGCCAUUUCACGAGAGGAUGGAGGUGUGUUUCAAGCAACUUAAAGAGAAAGUGGAGAAGCAAUAUGGAGUUAGGACUUUGUUAUCUAGCAAUGAUGAGAGGAGGGGGAACAGACCCAGAUCUAUGGUUAGAUCUUUCACUAUGCCAUCAUCAUCCAGACCUUUAUCAGUUGUGUCCAUCUCCUCCGUGUCAUCAGACAGUACGCCUUCAAGACCGGGUUCUGAUGGUUUUGUGCUUGAACCUCUCUUGCCAAAGAAGAUGCAUUCUCGCUCCCAAGAUAAAUUGGACAGAGAUGAUCUUGAUAAGGAGAAAAAAGAGAAAAAGAAGGAGAAGAGGAACAGCAAGCACCAAGAG